CAGGAACAACACACAAGUCAUAAAGAGAUGAGCAGACACACAGACGGUGGAUUCGUAAGUCAUAGUGCCGUAUGUUGAACCAACAUCACGGACUUCUGUUUGUAAGAUGGAUCAUUCUGCAUCAGACACUGAGACCGAUGACUACAAUCGGCCCUUGCUGCAGCGCAAAGAUGAAAAUGUAGAAAAAGCUCCUGCCUGCGGUUCAGCGCGCUACGGGCUGUCCUUGUUGGCCUGCUAUGGAUUCUUUGUGGCUUAUGCCCUGCGGGUGAACCUGAGCGUGGCCAUGGUAGACAUGCUGAACACCACCAGCUCCAGCAAUGCCAGCCAGUCUGUCUGUCCUAGUCACAGCAGCCCAGCGAGACCCAAACACAAUCAUACUGCCAGUGUGUAUGACUGGGACUCGGAGACUCAGGGCUGGAUCCUGGGCUCGUUCUUCUACGGGUACAUCGUGACGCAGAUACCCGGCGGCUAUCUGGCGCGCAAGUAUGGCGCCAAGUGGCUGCUGGGCUUUGGCAUCCUGUGCACGGUGAUCUUCACCCUGCUCACGCCUGUGGCAGCGGACCUGGGGGCCGGCUACCUCAUCGCUGUUCGAGUGCUGGAGGGCAUCGGAGAGGGGGUCACCUUUCCUGCCAUGCAUGCCAUGUGGGGGUCAUGGGCCCCUCCGCUGGAACGCAGCCGACUGCUCACCAUCUCAUACGCAGGUGCUCAGCUGGGAACUGUGGUGGCUCUGCCAUUGUCUGGCAUGAUCUGUUUCUACCUUGACUGGACCUAUGUCUUCUAUGUGUUUGGAGCUGUUGGGAUGGUCUGGUUCAUCCUAUGGGCUGCACUUGUAAGCAACUCACCCAGCACGCAUCCGAGGAUAUCAGAACAAGAGAGGCUCUACAUCGCUUCCUCACUCAAAAACGAGCUGUCUCCAACCUCGGAUUAUAUACCCUGGAGAUCAAUUUUAACAUCUUUGCCAUUGUGGGCAAUAGUGGUCGCUCAUUUCUCUUACAACUGGACAUUCUACACACUGUUGACUCUGCUUCCAACCUACAUGAAUGACAUACUUGGUUUCAGUAUCAAACAGAAUGGGAUGCUGUCAGCUUUGCCCUACUUGGGCUGCUGGUUGCUGGCGCUACUGGGCGGACAGCUGGCGGACUACCUGAGGGAGACCUGUCUGGUCCGCACCGUUGUGGUGCGUAAGGUCUUCAGCCUCAUUGGAAUGGUUGGGCCGGCACUGUUCCUGAUUGCCGCUGGCUUCACAAACUGUAACUACGUUCUGGCAAUUGCUUUCCUCACGGUCUCCUCAUCGCUGGGUGGUUUGUCUGCCUCCGGAUUCAAUAUCAACCACCUGGACAUCGCACCCUCUUAUGCUGGGAUUUUACUUGGGAUCACCAACUCCUUUGCCACCAUCCCAGGAAUGGUGGGACCAGUCAUAGCAAGAGCGCUCACUAAAUCAAACACUAUCGAGGAAUGGCGAACUGUGUUCUACAUCUCGGCGGGGAUUAACCUGUUUGGAGCAGGCUUCUUCACGCUGUUUGGACAGGGGUCAGUUCAGCCGUGGGCAGUCCACCGCACACAUGCUCAGUGAACCUCACGAUGCAAGACGCUCUCACCAUUUUACGGGGGAUGCAUGUGGUAUGACCAAAUGAAUGGACACUGAACUGAACUUUGGGAUCAGUCUUAGAUAAAUGUUGUAUUCGCACAAUUAUCAAAAGAGAUUUACAUGGCUGAGUUUUUGUUUUAUAAUAUAAAAGAUAUUGUAUUGUUUUAUUACUUUUUAUGUGUUUGUACAACACUUUACAUGUCAGAACUACAGUCUUUUCGUUUUAUCACUUUCUCAUGGCAUUAUAUGUGUUUCACCAUCCCAAAUGGUGGCCUGUUAAGCUCAUGAGCCAUUCCUCAAGCUCAUCUGACUCUGUUAAUAGUCAAGCUUACUAAUGGUGUAAAGGGAACACCAGAGAAUGUUCUAUAUGAAGCGCUAUUUCACUAAUUGAUAGAAGGAACAGUUACGUCUACAGUAAAUUAUCUCGAACUUGUUCACUUUCUGGGUCCACUUCACAUGUAAAUGGAUCCUGGUGUUCAAAGCAUUUAAAAGCCAUUAAAAGCUUCAGUGCCGAAAGUUGAGACAUUAAAUGGUUUCAACUGUAUUAGAUUUCUUAUAAAGAUUGUUACAACAAGACAGGUAUCUGUAAAAAGAGACUAGGGUUUCUCACAAUUUUGUCCUAUUAAGGUGAAGGCUAUGGUUAGUGGUGUUGAAAAGGGGAACUUGAAAAUUGGUACUUUGGAAACUGUGAAGAUAAGGUUUGCUUUACCAUCAUGUAAUGGUAGUUUCAAAUGCAAAACAGAUAUAAUCUUUAGAUUAUUUAGAUCACUAUGAUCACAAAGCAUUUACAUAUAUUAAACAAGUACCCAUCUUCUUUGGAGUACUGACAUUCCAGAUCUCAUAUCAACUGAGCUCAAUAUAUCAAAUGAAGUUGUUGAGAGUGUAUUGGUGUCUGAGAGCCAGACCACACAUGACGCCUGUAUUAUUCUCCUAGAGAGAAAAAAAUGCCUUGGCCUUUGUUGUACCCAAACUGUACUACGAUGAAGAAAGUAUGAUUUUCUUACCAAAAGUAUGCCAAAGGCUGUCUAACCAAUAGCAUUCUGUUGUGGAUCUUGUUGGGGUUAAAUGGGGUGAAUGUGUCGGGGCCUUUUUGUUCCACUAAAGGUCCUCCAUCGCCAUCUAACCACAGUAGUCUUUACUGUGGACCAUACCAUCACUGCUUUAGAUCUCCACAUACUUUGUGUGUUUAUCUGCAAUCUUUUUUAGCACAGUAUUGAAAAGCUGGAAGUCCAGCUGUUUGGGUUGCACUUGCACAGACCGUAGCAUAUCCAUAAGACGUUUAAGCGUUGUGGUAGUUUUUGCUGUAUAGAAGUAAAUGUCAGGUCAGGUGUCUAAUAUCUCCUUCCCUAGAUGUGCCUUAAAUCAGCAACCAGUAUGCACUUUUGGUUUCAACUCAUUCAGGCAGUUGACACUGAAUACUUGUUUUUGGUGUGCUACAUACUUUCCUAGAAUGUGAGGUAGCCUAAUUGUGCAAAGGCAUAUAUCUGUGAACGCUUCUUCUCAAAUACAGUUGUUAUUGACGUCAUGGUUCACUAAGCAGAGUGCAAGAAACAAUCACUACAUGGACACAUGAAAUACUGCAGACAGGAUUUUAGCCAUGACUUCUCCAGUAAGCAUGUGUUUCACUCAUGUCUGGAGCCAAGGACUAGCUCAGGUGAAAGUUUGACCAGCCCUGUUUUUUUCCCCUUCUUUUCUUUUUCUGAGAGGCCUGUUAAAAUGUAUUAAUUGUUGGUGAAAAAACAAAUGCUGACAUAUGUACUCAUGUCAAUACAUCACUCUAGAAUGGUGUGCCUGUUGUUUCAAGUCAGGGAAUGUAAUUCGAUUGGUUAAUUGAACUUCUAACCUUAAGCUGUUGCUUGAACCCUGAGAUCAGAAGGGAAAGAGUUUAAUACUCACAAUUCUUUUUUCUUUCUUUCUUUCUUUCCUUUCCUUUUCUUUUUUUUUUAAAAAGAACUAUUUGACAAUUUUGUUUGUAGCAUUUGUGAUCUUUACAUUUGAAUGUGUAGGCUAUUUUAUUAUUUUGAAUCGUCACAUAUGGAGCCCGCAAAGGGACAUAGUGGGAUUUUAUUUUAUAUUGAGGUGGGAAUUAAAUCCCACCUCAAUAUUAUUUAUUACGUUUCUGUUGCAUUUCUUAGCAAUAAUUUUGCGUUCCUUUGUAAUAGUUUCACAUUCCCUUGCAAAGUCUAAAAGCAUUCCAGGGAAUGGAUAAGGACCUCUAAAAGUACAUUUCCACCAUGGCCCUUCGCGGGCUUUUUAUUUCUGAGUUGCAAGGGUGGUCAUUUAUGUGUUAACACCAUCUUUGUACUGAACUUCAAAACUUUGUAAUGGGAAUGAUUUUUCACUGUGUAGCAUCUGCAGCACAUGCUGGAUUACAAAUACAUUCUUAUGUGGUAGCCAAUAACUUUUAUGCCACUGUCAAUUUGGAAGCACAGGAAUAUUAAAGCUCUAUCUGCA